AUGGUGUUCCCAAUCCUCGGAAUCAUCAUCGCCUGCCUGUCCCUCCCGCUCGUGAUCUACGCUGGCGAGCGCACGAUCCGACGCACCAUCACUAGGCCACAACUCUUCCGGUCCGUAUCGGCACCACAGAAGCCGUCUGAGCGGCUGGUGGGUAAGAUGGCAGAGGGCCGGCCAGCAACACCAAGGCGAAAGACGACUUCGUCCGUGAGUGAGGAGGGUGUAGCCAGGGCGGAUACGAACGCAAGUGAGGCGUCGUGGUUGUCGACUAGUACGGCGGAGACCUAUGUCAGGGGGAUGAGUCUGGAGAAGGUGGGGUUGGAUUAA